GAGUCCCCUCCCACCAGUGGGAGCGAGGGGCGGAAGGAAAGGGAAGAGGGGGGAAGAGCAGUGGAAAGAAGAUGGCGGCUCCUGGUGGGCAGGUGGAGCGAGGCGCUGCGGCAACAGCGGCAACAGCGGCGGCUGCGAGUGGGGCGACGCACUGGCAGGGAGGCGAUGUCAUGGCCGAGGUGCGAGCAGCGGCGGCGGCGGCAGGCGGGGAGGUCGCUGGAGCGGUGGGUGCGGGUGAAGACGGGGGUGUGACCACCCGUUUGCGACAGCUCUACCCCGCCGUGAACGAGGACGAAUCUCCGCUGCCCCGUGCCUGGAGCGCCAAGGACAAGCUCAGCUACAUCGGCCUCUCGCUGGGAAAUCUGCGUGUGCACUACAAAGGGCACGGCAAGACGCCCAAAGACGCAGCAUCGGUGCGUGCCAACUACCCCAUCCCUGCUGCGUGUGGCAUUUAUUAUUUCGAGGUGAAGAUCGUGAGCAAGGGCAGAGACGGGUACAUGGGGAUUGGGCUGUCUACACAAGAAGUGAAUAUGAACAGAUUGCCUGGCUGGGACAAGUACUCGUAUGGUUACCACGGUGACGACGGCCACAGCUUCUGCUCGUCGGGCGCGGGGCGUCCGUACGGCCCCACGUUCAGCACGGGCGACGUCGUGGGCUGCUGUGUGAACCUCGUGAACGGCACGGCCUUCUACACCAAGAACGGACACAGCCUCGGGACAGCAUUCACAGAUCUUCCGCCCAACCUUUACCCGACGGUGGGGCUGCAGACCCCGGGGGAGGUGGUGGAGGCGAACUUUGGGGGGCAGCCGUUUGCGUUCGACAUCGAAAACCACAUGCAAGAGUGGCGCGCUCGCAUCUCCGCUGCCAUCGCCCGUUUCCCGACGCCUGGCAGCCACGCAGCCUGGCAGGGAACCCUGCACACCAUGGUGGCAUCUUACCUGGUGCAUCAUGGGUACUGCGGCACAGCGGAGGCCUUUGCUGCAUCCACGGGGCUGGAGCAGGAGGAGGAUAUGCGCUCGGUCCGGAACCGGCAUCGCAUCCAGGCGCUGGUGCUGGCCGGACGCAUGGGUGAGGCCAUCGAGGCCACGCAGCAGAGCUACCCCGGGCUGCUCGACCGCUACCCGGAGCUGCUCUUCCGGCUCAAAGUGCGGCAGUUUGUGGAGAUGGUGAACGGCACGGACAGUGAGGUGCACUCGCUGGGCGCCCGCAGCCCCAAGUCUCAGGAUGGGCCCCGGGUGCCAUACGGAUCCGGCCACACCGCAGCAUCAUCCUCCUCCUCCUCCAACCCCUCCUCUCCUGCCGGCACCAUCAGGGGCCUAGCAGCAGCGGAGGCCGGAAUGAGUUGCGCGAGUAACGGACGCACGGGAAGGACGCCGCAUGCUGGCCGGGACAGGAGAGCUCGUCGCACAUGCAGCCCCACACCCCACGGCAGCAGGCCCACCACAUCAUCACAGCUGGGCGAUGGCGGGGCCGUUGGGGCCGUGGAGGUGGCGGACACCGGCGAGACCCCCAUGGAGUGUUGCACAAACGGGCUACACAGCGACUCCAGCGAGCGAGUGUCUAACGGCAGACAGCACGCGACAAACGGGGCGCUGGAAUCGCACCCGCCACAGGCCGACGUGGAGGGGGACGAUGAGCCCCCUGGCGGCCCCAGGCCGUGGACGCUAUGCGGCGGCGCUGUGGAGCACAUGGUUCACUUUGGGCGGGAGCUGCAGGCCGAGUUGCAGCGCAUGUGCAGCCAGAUUUCGCGCGAACACACGUGGCACCUCAACGCCCGGGCCCUGCAGGAUGCUUUCAGUCUGCUGGCAUAUGCGGACCCGUGGAGAAGCCCCGUGGGUUACCUCCUGGGCCCGGCACAAAGGGAACACACGUGCGCUGCCCUCAACAGCACCAUCCUGGAGUCCCUGAGUCUGCCGAGGCAGCCGGCGCUCUCGAUGGUGGUGGGGCAGCUCUCGGAGUGCCUGCGCCUCAUGCCUCGUGCCGGUCUCGGCUCGGCCGCCUUCGCACCCAUCCACGAAUACACGCACUGACGAACGAUCACUCACCGGGUCGCAUUCUCAUCACAGUCGACUCCAUUAUCUUACGCGCAGCGCUGGCAACACCAGGCAGUGUUGUACAGGCAAACAAACAAUCAAUCGCGGAGCAAGGUGGAAGGGCUCCAUAACGGUAAAGCAUUUGAGUUGUUUAAAACUAAUUUAAUAACUUCAUGUGUCAUGAAGGUGAAUAACCGGCUGCCUCUUCCCAAGAGGAGGAGGGCAAAUGUGAGUUGCAUUGCGUAUUCAUGCAACCCUCGGCACGAUCCACUGAGUUUGGACCCAUUUUCAUUUGACCGUGCAAACACGCUGGUCAUGUGUGUCACACGUUCGCAAUGAGACAGGUUUAUCCAUAGAAGUGGCUCGCGUGCGCCGUGAACACACGACUGAACACACGUGUGGGUCCCCUGAACGGCUAAUACACGACAUUCGCUUGGGAAUUCCAGGUGUGCGGGAACGGGUUAUGUUUGUCGGAGCAGUUCGACGGUGUGAAAAGACCCAGGCACGCGGACAAUGCUCACUCACCCAGAUCCAGCGAAUUGAGAAGUUCAGAGGAGUUUUUGACCGCGGUAUUGUGCGAGGGCGCGUGUGCGUGCGUGGUAGUCGCCCGUUAAGAAAGACGCAGGCGCCCAUGCUCUUCCGCCCUGUUCAGCAUGGAGCUCAGUCCCUCGUGUUCCUUUCAGCCGUUCCUGCAUCUGCGCACCCACUUGUUCCCUCCUUCAAAGCGUGGGGUUCUGGUCCAUUAACGUUCUAUUGUACGCGUGCAGCUUUAAAUGUGGAAGGUUCGAUGUAAAUUGUGAAGCCUCUUUUCAUUAGCAAAACUAAAAAAAGGGUUGAAGAAUGACUUGCAAGAUGAUGAAAUACGGUUUCAUUAAGUUCAUGGCCAAUAGGUGUUUGCAGGCUUAUGCAAUACCUUUUUUGGAUGAAACAUUGAUUGAAAAAAGUGUGCUUUUGUCAUCCUCACUCUAAUCUCUUCGAAUGGUUGCCAAGUAUUAAAAACAACUUCUGGUGCAUCGGCUAGACUAUGGUUUUUCUUUGACAAAGUGUUAGUAAUAUGCUGGUUGUGUAUAAAAAGUGGCCGUCUUCAUUAUGUAUUAGAUAUAACAGGGUUUUUUCAAACUACCGUCCUUGUUUUUUUACCACAAUAGGUUUUUUACUUCCAGCUGUCAAUUUACAACUUAAAAUAAAUACGGAUCCGAUCAGAUUUUGAAGAAAACAUCUUAAUCGAAAAAACAUGACUGGAUCGCUAUUUUCUGGAACUUCCUGUGACACAAUCAAGCACCGUCACAUCCCGGUUAGCCAAUUGGCUCACUUAUCCUGAAACGCAUUAUACUGCAGCAUCUGUAUAGGUUGGACACCCCCUGUUGAAUUACAAUGACCUAUGUUGGAUUCCAAAGUGGGGAUUGUUUAUUUUCUUGAACAGCAAAACCCUAUUUACAUAGUGUUAUUAAUGUUUUAAAAUAAAAAAGGAUUGUUCCAUACUCUUGUGAAUUACAUGAAAGCACAAUCCCCAUUUGUGAAUCCAGGCGUAAUCUUGUACUUCAACGGGGUUGCCUUGCCCAUCUACUCUGACGGCAUUGUCCGUAUGGUGUUACUAUUAAUUUUAAUGACCAGGAUUGGACCAGAGAAAACACGGACCGUUCCAUUGGCAUGGAAUUAAAUUCAGAAUGUGACCAGACCCAGGGAAAUUGGGUCCCAUCAGACCUGAACUGUGCACCCCUAGUAUAAAUACUCCAUAUGUAUAUUAAAAACAACUGGAUUAACGUUUGGAUGCAUUUUUUAAACAUGGAUUUUAUUACAUGGGAAGGCACUAAGGCAGCGAUUAAGUCUCGCAAUCCCUGACGUCACUAACUUAGUGUCUUUGUUGCAUUGGGCAGAGCCAAAAAUAGCAUGGCCCUCACGUGAAUUAUUGGCCAAUGCAGUGCUGUCUUGUACCAGAAGGGCAGUGGCUUAUUGUGAAGGCGCCUCAUAGUCGCUGCGUCAGGGUUUCUGUGGUGGGUUUGUCUUUAUUUAAGCAGUACAGUACAACAUAUUUACUCAUCAGGUUACGUGGUGUUGUGGCGUGAGCAGUUGACCCGAUUGAAAGGUUGAUCAUUUUAAUCGCACUCCUGGGUCAAUUCGGCAGCGUCCUGCCUCUGGAUAAACUGGCCCGCACCAUGUGAAUGUGGAACUUUCACCACUGGCUCUGCUGCCGAGCAACCACCCUGUUGCUUGUUUAAGCAGAAUGAUGCUGAAGUAUAUUUAUAUAUACUGUAUUUACACACAAGGUUACUCUUGGCAGUUAUACUGAUGACACGUCGUGGAAUCGUAGACACUAGGGAUGGAACAAUGCAUCAUUUGAUUGAUUAAUAUUGAUUCUUAAAUGCACGAUACAUGUACCAAAGCGCGUCUGUAAGAAUCGACUUUGUUUUUUUAAUCUGUAUACAGUUCUAUGUAUUGGUUUCACAUUACCCCCAGCAACCACUAGAGGUGCAACCAUUUACCACGUAAAAAAGAAUAUUGGAUUAAAUCACGACCCUGAAUUUGGCUGUCAUCAAAUAAUAACGGGUGGGGUGGAUGGGUACUGCAUCUUUCCAGAACAAGAAGUAGAGACUACCUAAUUCCUCCAAACCAAGCUAUGGCCUGACGGGUGUGGUGGGGAAUAUGGCACAUGCAGACGUAUGUCUAAUAAGUUUAUUUUUCUCCUGUCCAUGCAUGGUGGGGGGGCAGGGAGCACUUGAACGUGAGCACACACACAGCACGCCAUAUAUUGCAGCUUUGGACAGAACCUUGUAGGGAAUGGUGAACGUGCAAAUGUAUUUGGCAAAAAAUAGCCCCGGAAAGAUCACCCGGCGGUGUUGCUCGCCGCCGAUAGACUGGAAUGUGCUGUUGGGUGGCUGUGGAUGGAGGCACUUCCAACGCAUUGGGUCUGCCCUGCCAGUGACUAAUUAUAGUAAAUUUGGCCUCACUUUGCGUCCAUGUCAAAAUUGUGGGCCGUUCAUUUAGUUUACAAAAGGAUAUGGCCCUUUUUUUUUGCUCGGUAUGUUUUUAGACCCAGUCCUCGCGUUCGCAAAAAUACAAUCGGGAUUUAUUAAUAGGGGCGGUGACGUGGCCGGCCGUUUUUUAUUUGUAGAGGUUCCACUGUUCGAAACCAGUGGGGUGUGUCAACUGCGGGUUUAUUAACCAUAAAAAUACUACGCGCCGUCUGCUUUACAGCGGACGUUGAAGAAGUCGUAACGCCAUUCACAAAGUGUAGGCCAUUGCGUGCCGGCGUUGUGGUCCAAAUUUGAAAGGUCGCCCUUAAAUUAGUAAAUUUCGAAGAUACAAAGCAGUCAUCUCCCCUUUGUGUGAAAACGAAGCAGGAUCCUCCUGACUAAGAGUUAUAAAACACUUGAGAUUUUUGUGUGUAAACGAGCGUAAUAAUAAUAAUGGGCAGCUUCUUGAUGGACAAAAAUCAAUUUCUGUGCAAAUUUCUCAUUGCGUUGUGACAAUGUCUAUGGAGUUUUGCUCAUCACAUUUUGCAGAUUGUCCAAACACAAGAGGUGACUUUAUAGUAACCAUAACAGCACGGUUAAUUUACUUCUUACUCUACCUCUCCUCCAUAUCACAUGUUCCAUCUCUGCAUCCCCGCCUUGAUGAUGCCCAGCUCCUAAAGCCGCUCAUAUGAGAAUGUUGAUGCUAUGAAAAGACGGUGUGCUCUGUUUUAGCCAUGUUGAAUAGCCCAACCAUACAAGUACAGGUAUAUCAAGUGCGUGGUAUAAAUAGGGGGCAACACCCCACAUUCGUUAGUACGAACUUUUCAUAAGAAGUGUGUUUUUUUUAAAGAAAUAUGCAUUAUUACAAUUAGGCUUUAAUGGAGGAGGAAAAAACACGCAAUGCUCUAACCACUUCACAAUUCAGCACAUACGUGAGCAUGUUUUGAACUCCUGAUUGAGGCGAAUAAGGUUAUUAGAUAUCUGAAUUGCUUUGGGGUUUGUGUCCUGUUUCGACAUUGUGCGACGUUUCGCUGUCAGUUUCAGAAGAGGUGCCCAGCACGUGGCGCAGAAUGUUGGGAAAAUAAAGCUGGCAAAAGACGCGGCACAACACAAAAACAACAUCAGAACACUGUCCAUCACAACCGCGAAAACUUUAGUAAUAAGGUGGCCGAUCAAUGCAUGCACACGCAUCACAUUUAAGGAUAUCUGAUGUGAGCAAAGGUUUAUUGGAGGAUGUUUAUUUCUGUUGUAGUGAGUUUUUACCCAGACAUGUACUGUUCUGAGAGCAAUGAUGCCCUCUGGGUGUUUUGAUCCGUUCGUGGUAAACCACGACAUAAUCAAUGUUUGGAAGAUAUACACUUGUAAAUAAGUGUUGCAAAUGUAGCUUUUGAGCUGAUAAUGUUUGUUGAAGGAAGGCUCGCAUUGACAAUGCCGAGACUUUUUAACGAUAUGGUUAUUAAAAUCUAGAAGUUUACUGCCAUUAAUGUGGCGUUUUUUUGCGAAUGGCAUCUAAACCAGGGUCACACCUGUUAAGCUGGGCUUGUGUCCCGUUGUGAUCCAUUCCCAAGAAAGGGCAUUGAUCUGGCCAUUAUGGCAAUCUCACAAUCAGCAACGCAGCUCCUCGCAAGAGGCUCUGGUGCUGGAUUUGGGAAAAGUGGUAGCGGGUGAGCCACGUGUACUGCACUGUACCGUUGCUCCAGCGUUGCUUUGGUUUGACUCAAUGAGUCACUUUAUUCAGCUGAUUGACCCAAACCCAGGAUUUAAAGCCGACGAGUCGGGGUGAAGCGGUCGCUGCAGUGUGCGGGCAAUCGGGCGCUGUUGGUGAUUAAAACUUCGUUGAAUAAACGUUUUCCAGUUGUGUGUUCAGUGUAACACUA